AUGCCCUUCUUCAAGCUACUGAAGAAGACCGACCAAUUCACAUGGACCCUAGAAGCACAAGAAGCCUUCGAGGACUUCAAGAAAUACUUGACCUUUCCCCCCGUGCUGGCUUCGCCCAGCCCGAACGAGCCGCUUCUACUCUACGUCUCGGCCACAAAACAAGUCGUCAGCACGGUGCUCGUGGUCGAGCGGGAAGAAGACGGACACACACAACUGGUCCAGCGACUGGUCUACUUCGUCAGCGAGGAUUUUUGCGAGGAGCGUGGGAUCAAGAUUUGCUACGCGUCCGUAGCACACCCGAAGAGCAAUGGGCAGGUCGAGAGGGCUAACGGCAUGAUCCUUCAAGGAAUCAAAACUAGAGUCUUCGACCAACUACAUCCCUAUGCUGGACGAUGGGUGCAAGAGCUGCCACCAGUGCUCUGGGCACUCCGCACAUCCGUUAGCCACACAACGGGACAGUUGCCUUUCUUCCUUGCGUACGGGGCAAAAGCAGUUCUACCCACCGAAAUCGACCACGAAUUCUUCCGCAUACGCAACUACAACGAAUCCACGGCAGACACGGCCAGGGAAGACAACCUUAAUAGGCUGGAAGAAGCCAGAGAUAUUGCGACCAUCCAGUCGGCACGCUACCUACAAGGACUUCGCCGAUACCACAACAGGAAUGUUCGUGGACGGGCAUUCCUAGUCGGUGACCUGGUCUUACGCAAAGUACAGACCACCAAGGAUCGACACAAGCUCUCCCCAAUCUGGGAAGGGCCUUACGUCAUAGCCGAGGUCACUCGACCCGGCUCAUACCGACUACGGAUGGAAGACGGAAGGCUGCUGGAGAAUUCAUGGAACAUCGGACAGCUACGUUCCUUCCACGCAUAG